AUGCCGGAUUCCCUCCAGAUCGCUCUCAAGAACGACAGCGACUCUGACCAACUCCACGCUUACGUGACCGGCAUUGCCAUCCAGAGAGAUGGCCAGCGAUGCCUACUCAAGUCUAAUGGCAGAGAUCUCUAUUUCCCACAACAGGUCAAAGAUAUAGGGACACCGUUGGCGGAAGACUGCGCGAUCCCACUCGGUGCUCCAGGAAAUACCGUUACAGUCACCAUCCCUCAGAUUGCCGGCGGCAGAAUAUGGAUCGCCGAGGGCCAUCUUACAUUCCUUCUCAAUCCGGGUCCUGCCUUGGUCGAGCCGUCGGUGCUGAAUCCAAGUGAUCCGAAUGCGAGUGUCAAUUUCGGGUUCGCAGAGUUCACGUUGAACGAUGCUCAACUCUAUGCCAACAUCAGUUACGUGGAUUUCGUGCCGAGGAUACCGAUUGCCAUUACGUUGCAACAGAACUCGGGGGAGAUCCAGCAUGUGGCAGGAAUGGCACCGGACGGAAUCGAUCGUAUGGCAGAGGCGCUGGCUGAGCAAACGAAGAAGGAUGGGCGACCUUGGGAGAGCUUAGUCGUGAGGAGAGACGGAAGGGUUGUGAGAGUGUUGAACGCCACGCACGGAGGAGCUGUUGGGGCAAAUUUUGAUGGAUAUUAUGAGCCGCAUGUUGAGGAUGUCUGGAGGAAGUAUCAGUCCGGGGCGAAGUUGAAGAUCGAUACGCAGGCGGGUGAUGGCAUUCUUGAAGGGCAGGUUGGAAAGAACGGGAAGCUGAAGAUUGGAGAUGAAGAAUUCGACAAGCCCAACACCGCGGACAUCCUGGGGUGCAACAGCGGUCCCUUCACAACUGGACCAUCACCUACGAGGAACGCCAUCAUCCCACGGUUAGCAGCUGCAUUCGUGAGGUCGGCUUGCCUCCAAUGCGAAGACCAUCCCAGCGAUCCACAUACCUUCUACUGCCAGGAGCCGACCAACCACUAUGCUCGGCUUGUGCAUCAACACAACAUCGACGGCAAAGGAUAUGCAUUCGCUUACGAUGAUGUUCAGCCUUCGCAUGGUGAUGACCAGUCGGGCAAGGUGAAUGCUGGGGACCCUGUGCUCUUUACCGUGACUGUAGGAGGCAAGAACGCCGCCGCCGACCACGGCGGGGCUGCGAUGCCUCAUCCACAGGGCAAGCAGCCAUACGUUCGAGGGCCGCCGCCGCCUCCUCCUCAACAGGACAAUGCUGGUGGAGAGCAGAAGCACGGGCUGAGAGGGAAGAUUCGAGGAUUUGCAGAGAGUAUAAUGCGUUGA